AUGUCCAACGACGCAGCCACCGUGCUGGAGGACGCCAGCUCCUCCCACCGCGUCUACAUCGGCGACUCCAUCGGCUGCCUGCGCGUCGUGCAGUGCGAUCCUCCCAGCGCUCUUCCCGCCGACUUUGCCGGUCCUUCGGUGCGACCACUCAUCCUGCCCAACUUCAAGUCGCACUCGGACCAGGCCGUUCAGCGACUCGCUACCGGUGUGCUGGGUGAUGAUGUGUUUGUUGUCGCCAUGGCACGCAGGAACGCCACCAUCGAUGUGGUGCAGGUGGUGAACCAGACGCUGCCGAGCUCGCAGCCUUCCACGAGCGCCGCACCGGCUCCUGCGUCCGAGCUGCGUGCCAACGUGCUGUGCACCAUCCGCGAGACGCACAUGAAGGCGGGAAUUCAGCGCUUCAUCGGCCUUGCUGUCGGCACCGACGGCAUCUACAGCAUCACCUCCUCCGGCGUCUUUCGCUUCACGCCCAUCACCAUCACACGCAGCGGCGAGGGCGACGACGACGUGGCUGCGGAGCUCGGCGAGCCGCGCGUGCUCCAGACGCUCCCAUCGCCGCUGCAGCACGCCAGCUUCUGUCCGGCGUCCGACCCGACCCACUUUUGCUACGGCGGCGAGGAUGUGCCGCUGUCGCUGUGGCACGUGGCGACGGCGGUGUCGGAUGCGCCAGCGGCACAUGCCGACGCGGCGGCGGAUAUGAGCGUGGAGAGCAUCCGUGCCGACGAGGCGGGGCUGAACAGCAAGCAGCGCAAGCGCAAGCGCCAGCUCGAGGCCAAGUCCAAAGCACGCGAGCUGCUGUGGGGCGAAGUGUGGCGUGCCAAAAAUCUGCCCAACGACAACCUCUCGUUGCCGCGACGUGCCAACAUUACCGCGACGUGUAUUCUUUCGCUGCAAGCGCGGUCGGACGCAGACGAGGCGCGCGGGACGGAAGAGGCAGGUGGUGUGAACGAGCAGACGUUCAUUGCCGUCGGCACCAAGGACGGCCUCGUGCGCGUGUUUCAGCCGGGCGCAGCGUCGCGGCGGCACGUGCGCGAGGCCCGCGUGGUCCCCUCGGGCCAAGGAUCCGUCAAGACGCUGUGUGCUUCGACGGCAGCACUCGACUCGCGCACGGGCGGCGUGCUCUUUGUCGGCGACACGGGGUCGAAGCUGUAUGCGCUCGAUUGGCAGACCUGCGCAGUGGUGUAUAGCUACAACGGCAUGGCCCAAGUAGGGGCUGUAUUGGGCAUGGCGGUUCUGCCUACGGGAAACGCGGAGGCAGAGGCGCUCGUAUCGGUUUCGUCAGACAGCUUGAUGCGGUUGCAUACGACGGUUCCUGCUGCUGUCGCUGUGCCCAAGCAAGGCGAGUCCGGUGCAAAAGGCAAGGUGGUUUGGGAGAAAAUGAUCGCUCGCGCCACGGGCCAGAGUGUACAUGCUACCCCGACUGCGGCGGCUUGGGAUGGAGUCGUCCCUGCCAAGAUCGGAAGUGCGGGUGGACAGGACGACGCAGUGUGGGAAAACAUGCAGCAGGUCCGCUCGCGUGCCAACAAGAAGCACGACCCCAACAACGAUGAUGACGACGAAGAAGAUGAGGAGAGUGAAAGCGAAGAGGAGCCGACGACUCGCAAACCCACACGCUCUGGCGCCAAGAAACCACGCUCCUAG